AUGAAGUCCACUUUCCUUCUCUUGCUGGCGCCGCUGGCCGCCAUUGCCGCGCCCGCGGCCGAUGUCUCGCCGCGCCAGGCCACCCAGAGCAUCGACGCGCUUAUGAAGGCCAAGGGCAAGCUGUACUUUGGCACGUGCAGUGACCAGGGCCGUCUGACGACGGGCAAGAACGCGGCCAUUAUUGAGGCCAAUUUUGGCCAGCUGACGCCCGAGAACAGCAUGAAGUGGGAGAGCACAGAGAGCCAGCAGGGCAAGUUUACGCUGUCGCAGGCGGACUACCUGGUGAACUGGGCGACGGAGCACAACAAGACGGUCCGCGGACACACGUUUGUGUGGCACUCGCAGCUGGCCGGCUGGGUGAGCCAGAUCCGCGACAAGGCCAAGCUGACGUCGGCGAUCCAAAGCCACAUCACGACCAUUAUGACGCACUUCAAGGGCAAGGUCCGGGCCUACGACGUGUGCAACGAGAUCUUCAACGAGGACGGCUCGCUGCGCAACUCCGUGUUCUCGCAGGUGCUCGGCGAGGACUUUGUCAAGAUUGCCUUUGAGGCUGCCCGUGCUGCUGACCCGGACGCCAAGCUGUACAUCAACGACUACAACCUGGACAGCCCCAGCGCGGCCAAGCUGACCAACGGCAUGGUUGCCCACGUCAAGAAGUGGCUUGCUGCAGGCAUUCCCAUUGACGGCAUUGGCUCGCAGGGCCACAUCACCUCUGGUGGUGGUGCCAACCUGGCUGGUGCCAUCAAGGCGCUGGCUGGUACUGGCGUCAAGGAGGUUGCCGUCACGGAGCUUGAUGUUCAGGGCAACAAUGCCGCCGACUACGCGACGAUCACCAAGGGCUGCCUUGCCGAGUCUGCUUGCGUCGGUAUCACUGUCUGGGGUGUUCGCGAUCCUGACUCGUGGAGACCCUCGGGCAACCCACUGCUCUUCGACUCCAGCUACGCGCCCAAGGCGGCGUACAACUCCAUUGUCGCGGCCCUCUCGUAA